GGAGGUCCGAGCGCCAAUGGUACCCAUCCAUGCGAAGGCCCCCCUUCAUAUCAUGGCUAUGGACUUCUUGACACUGGGCCGACCACGAGAUCGCUACCAGAACAUCUUGGUAAUAACGGAUUUGUUCACAAAGUACGCUUGGGCUAUCCCCACCCUCGACCAGACUGCAACCACCACCGCUACAGUUUUAUGGCGGGCCGUCUUCCAGACGUUCGGAUGCCCGGAGUUUCUGCACUCCGAUCAAGGAGCCAACUUUGAGUCCAGGGUAAUUAGAGAACUAUGCCAGUUGUACGGUUGCACGAAAACUCACACCACUUCGUAUCAUCCUCAGGGGAACGGCGGCUGUGAGAGAUUCAAUCAGACCCUAUUGGGGCUGCUGGGGACCUUGGACCAACAACGGCAGGACGAUUGGGUGAGUGCAUUGCCAAACCUCCUACAGGCCUAUAACAACAGUAUACAUAGUACUACGGGUUACGCCCCCACGUACCUGAUGUUUGGCAGACACAUACGAAUGCCUACUGACCUGGUCCUAGGAGUGACAGCCGACCAAGAGGAAGCAAGUGUAACGGAGUGGGUGGGGCGCCAUCACCAGCGCUUGCAUUUCGCCUACGAGCAGGUGUCGAAAAGGAUACAGACGGCAGGAGAGAAAAGUAAGCGGUUGUAUGAUCGGACUGCUAGAGAAGCCCCUCUACUGCCAGGAGAGAGGGUGUUGGUGAGAGAUAAUCGGCGGCAGGGGAAGGGGAAACUGAGUGACCGUUGGGAGGCCACCCCUUAUGUAGUCUGCCGGCAGCAGAGGCCGGGACAGCCGGUCUAUACCAUCCGGCCAGAAGGGAAGUCGAGCCCUGACCGUGUGGUGCACCGGAACAUGAUUCGCCCAUGCCCUAACUACCCUGAAGCCGUGGAAGAAGUCCCCACGGAACCUGUACCAGCGGCCCCCUGUAUUGAAGGUUGGGCUGUGGUACCAGGGAGACCCGUGGUGGCACCACCCCUGAUCGCCCCGAGAGAACCAGAAGCAGCCCCUGAACAAGCUGAGCCCGAUUCACCAGUGAGACGAUCCCAGCGAGAGAACCGAGGCCGACCCCCUGCCCGCUAUGGUGAGUGGACAGCCCGAGGACGUUCUAGGGACUAGAACGGAUUGGCGGGGGAGGAUGUCACAAGGUGACGAUCUUUAGGGGCGGAACCAAAAUUCGGGAAGUUUGGUUCCGCCCGGAAGUGUUUCCGCCCGGACCGGAAAAACAGAACACCGGAACUUCCGGUAGCGCCGUAAGAGGGAAAAUCAGGGAAUUCGAUGCACCUGUGCCUAGUUAGGGACAGCGGUUGGUGAUUGGAGGAUACGCUGGACAAGGCAGUACUUAAGGCCAAGUUAUUUCACAGUCUGGGAGCUCUUUCUGGCUGGAAUUGUAUGAUUGUGAAGACAUCGCGAACCUUAAAGGUUGAGAAGUGAACGGAUUAUACGGCGAAUUGAGACGACGUGAAAAAGGGGAUUGGAAGCGGCAUUGAUGUGAGUACUAAGAGCAAGCCGAAAGUGCCCUGUAUAUUGACCUGGCGUUGUGUAGAUCUCUCCAGGAGGAGGAGGGCGGCCCUACCCCUAAUAUAGCGUGGUGGGAGAGCCGAAGGAAUACUUAUUGAAGUAGUCACAACGACGACAUCACUAGCUAGGCCGCAUAUUCCAUCGCCAGAUCCGAACCAAGCGAAGUGAAGGAAGACGGGUGUCCUUUUCGUACACUGAGUGUGGUGGGUGAGUCUUCGUGCUGUGAAAACCUAUAAUUUUGACGUGGUGCUGUAUAUUGCUGUGGGUUGCUGUGUAUUGCCGUGUGUCCUGUCAGAUAAACCCCCGCCUUCACGCACUUCGUCGCGGGAGGACAAGGAGACUGCUGGUUCUAGCCUAGUUCAGUACAGUAUAUGUUGUGAGCGUGCUUCAGAUCUCCGGAGAUAGCACGGUACGCUGUGUUCAGCCCAGAGGUGAGAGUCAUUCAAAGCAAACUAACUGUGCUAUUGUGCCCAAGUUGAUACCUGUGGAGAGUGAAGGAAAGAGAGAGUGAGUAACACAAGGAGAAACAGAGGAAACCUGUACUUACAGUACGCUGUAUUCAGCCCAGAGGUGAGAGUCAUUCAAAGCAAACUAACUGUGCUAUUGUGCCCAAGUUGAUACCUAUGGAGAGAAAAGGAGAGAGAGUGAAUAACACAAGGAGGAAUAGAGCGAACCCUGUACUUACAGUACGUUGUGUCCAGCCCAGAGGUGAAAGCCAUCCAAAGCAGAGUAACUGUGUUUUGUGUCCAAGUUGAUACCUGUAGAGAGGAGGAGAGAGAGUGGAUAACGCGAGGAGAAAUAGAGCAAAACCUGUACUUACAGUACGCUGUGUCCAGCCCAGAGGUGAGAGCCAUUCAAAGCAAACUAACUGUGCUAUUGUGCCCAAGUUGAUACCUGUGGAGAGAAAAGGAGAGAGAGUGGGUAACACGAGGAGAGACCGAGGAAACCUGUACCUACGCCGCUGCCUGUGGAGAAAGAGAAAGCGAGUGAGCACCCAAGGAACGAACUGUGUGAACCAGUACUUACUGUGAGCUGCAAUCAGCGAAGAGGUGAGAGCAAAACCAAGCCGAAUUAACUGUGCCUUUGCGUCCCAGCCGUUGCCUGUGGAGGAAGAGAAAGAGAGUGAGCACCCCGAGAACGAACUGUGUGAACCAGUACUUACCGUGAGUUGUAUUCAGCGAAGAGGAGGAAGAAGGAGGGCGCUACGGAUACCUAAGACUCUGGCCGGGCCCCGAGUCCCACGCCCCGGAUCCCCGUGGCCCCCUUGCUCCCUGACCUCUUCCCGGCCAUAGCCCAUCUGGAGGGCCGAGUCAGAGUUUAGUUUUAAAUUGCCCUUUCCCUAUUCCCCAAGCUAUUUUUAAAUAUUUAAAUAAAGAUUUGUUUUAUCACUUACUUGUUCUCGUGUUGUUUGGCCAUUGGGUUGGCUUUGGGGACCUCCUCGAGGUGGAAGUUGAGAAGGGGUGUGGCUUAGUCAAAGCAUAGCCCGCCCCUGGGUG